UCCCAACAAUAGCGCGGCCGGGCCGGGCCGGGAUGGAGCCGCCGCCGCCGGGACCGGCCCCGGCGCCGCCGGGAGCCCCGGGCGUGACACCGCGGAGGGACGGGGCUGGGGACAUCCCAAGCGAGGCCGCGAUGUCGGAGAGUGUGGCCGAGGCACCGGGAGACGGGAGCCCCGUGGUGCUCGGUGAGACGGGGACCAGCCAUGAGCUCCUGCAGCGGCUGCGGGAGCUGGAGGCGGAGAACUUGGCCCUGGCCCAGGCCAACGAGAACCAGCGGGAGACGUACGAGCGCUGCCUGGACGAGGUCGCCAACCACGUGGUGCAGGCGCUGCUCAACCAGAAGGACCUGCGCGAGGAGUGCAUCAAGCUGAAGAAACGGGUCUUCGACCUCGAACGCCAGAACCAGGCGCUGAGCGACCUCUUCCAGCAGAAGCUGCAGCUCUCGGCUGGCUCCCUGCCCCAGUUGCCACUGCACCCGGUGCCGGUGCCCCCGGACCCCCCGGCCACCCCCCAGCCGGGCUCUGCUGAACAGCCGCCCCCCCCGCUGCCCUCCGCCUUCUGCAUCCCCCCCCCGGAGGUCUCCCCCUCGGUGCCGUCGGGCAGCCCCGGGCUCAGCCCCGGCGCCCCCCCCCUGGACACCCUCUCCCCCUUCUUCAAGAAAAAAGCCCAGAUCCUGGAGGUGCUGCGCAAGCUGGAGGAGACGGACCCGCUGCUGGGGGCCCCCCCGGCCUCCCCCGGCUCCCCGGAGCCCUGUGCCGCCCCAGGCUGGCCCCCCUGCCCGCUGCGGGGGCUGGGGGCUGCCGGGGGGUGGCGGGGGGCCGAGGGCAGCCCCUGCUCCUCGCCGGAGGAGGCUGCGCCGCCGCGGGGGGCCCUGCUCAGCGCCUUGGCCGAGCGGCUGCUGCGGGGCGAGGGGGGGUGCUGCCGGCUCAACGGCGAAGCCCCCGGGGGACCCCCCCGGCAGUGGCACAGUGAGCACCCAGCUUUCCUGGGCCUCUACGCUCCGGGUGAGGAGAGCCCCGAGGGGGGAUUUGCCCCACUCUCGCCCCGGGGGGGGACAAACCCCCUGCCCUCGCCCCCCAAGGUGCUCAAGCUGCCGCCCCCCGCCGGGGCGCUGCGCCUCAGCCCCCAGCUCGCCCGCGCCUCCAAGAUCCCCUGCCGCGGCGGCAACCCCGAGGCCUCGCCCGCGCUCAGCCGCCGCGCCUCCCCCGACGCCCCCCCGGAGCCCGGCUCCUCCGAGCCCCCCGCCUUCCCCCCGCCCUGCACCUACGAGGCGGCCGAGCAGCCCCCCGGGCCACCGGGACCCCCGAGCGGUGGGGAGCGGGCGGCUGCCUCCCCCCCCAGCACCCGUCGUAGCAUGGGGGGCUCGGCCCCCUCCCGCCGCCCCGGCAAGAAGCCCCCUGAGCCGGGCUACCUGCCCUUCAAGGAGCGCCUGGCUGCCCUGGGCAAGCUGCGGGGGGCUGAGAGCCGCGAGCCCCCCGGCCCGGGGCGGCCCGAGCGAGGUCACGGGGCUGAGCCGCGGCCCCCUCCCCGGGGGGGGCUGGGGGGCAGCCUGAAGCACCCCGAGCCAGCACACGGCGGGGAGCCCCUGGCCCGGUGCUACUCCUCCGGCUCCAUGGGCGAGCCUGGCAAGGCGGGGGGCAAGGGGCGCCCCGCCGGCGGCAGGACCCCCCCGCGGGCCCCCUUGGCCCCCCCCGCCAAAGCCCCCCGCAGCCCCCACGGCAGCCCCACCAAGCUGCCCACCAAGGCGGGUGCCAGCAAAGCCGGGACGCCGCGGGGCGAGGAGCCGGCCCCCGCCAAGGCGACGGGGGGCCCCCGCAAAGCCCCGCCGGCCACCGAGCCCCCCGGCACGGGGCCACCGCCGCCGGGCGCCGCCGGGCACUCGGCCAUCGAGGAGAAGGUGAUGAAGGGCAUCGAGGAGAACGUGCUGCGGCUGCAGGGGCAGGAGCGGGCGCCGGCCGGGGAAGCCAAGGGGAAGGCGGCCGGCGGCCUGGCCAGCUGGUUCGGGCUACGACGCAGCAAACUGCCGGCUCUGAGCCGUCGCGGCGAUGGCGGCCGGGGCCGAGAGUGGGCCGGGACGCCGGCUCCCCUGCGGCGGGAGGUGAAGUUGGCCGCCCGCAAGCUGGAAGCCGAGAGCCUCAACAUCUCGAAGCUGAUGGAGAAGGCGGAGGACCUGCGGAAGGCGCUGCGGGAGGAACACGCCUUCCUGCAGGGGCUGGCGCUGGAGAAGGGGCGCCCCCGCGGCCCCCCCCGCGGCCCCGGUCCCCUCCCGGUCAUGUACCAGGAGGUGACGGCCGAGACCUUCAUGCAGCAGCUGCUCGACAGGGUGGACGGGAAGGACGUGCCCUACGAGAGCCGGCUGGAGCACAAGCGGGAGCUGUGUGACCUCCGGCGGGUCCCCCCCGAUGCCAAAGACCCCCGACUCUGCCGCCCACCCCGCAACGGCAUCGUGGGACACCUACGGGAGCCCCCCGACAAGGCGAGGAGCCCCCCGGGGCUCCGGGAUGAGCUGCCAUCGGACGAGAGCUUGUCCGAGUCGGGGACGUCGCAGCACUUUGCCGCCUGCGGGUCGCUGACGCGGACACUGGACAGUGGUAUCGGGACCUUCCCGCCUCCCGACUACGGGGGGGUUCCUGCCAAGAGCACCCCCAAACCGCGGGGCCGCCCAGAGGCGCUGCCCGGAGCCGUGCUGGCGCGGCCGCCCGCCGUCACCAAAGUGCCGCGCAAGGCCCGGACGCUGGAGCGGGAGGUGCCCAGCGCCGAGGAGCUGCUGGUGGCUGGCAAACACCGGAGCACCCCCGUGUGCCGCCCCCUGGCCCCCCCCGGCCCACAUGGCCAUCGUGCCAGUCACCAAGUUUUCCCCGCAGAUGCCGGGGAUGAUGCUGGGAAGCCGCGGCGCGUCCAGCAGAGCAAGAACUGGACCUUCCCCAACGCCAAAGCCUGCGGUGCCGCCGACCCCUUCCUCUGCCCCCCCGGGGGGCUGGAGGGGCUGCACCGUCCCGCACUGGCGCCCGUGUGCAGCCCUGCAGGGCGUCGAGGGGCGUCCCCGGAGGCCCCCCCGCCGCUGCCCCCCGCCCUGAGCGCCAGUAGCAGCCGGACACCCAGCGCCUCGGACGUGGGGGACGAGGGCAGCACGGAGGCCCGGUCGCAGGACGGGGGGCACGGCCCCCCCGGGCUGGAGCACUCCGAGUCGCUCAGCGACUCCCUCUACGACAGCCUCUCCUCCUGCGGCAGCCAGGGCUGAGCCCCCCCUGUCCCCCCCCACCCCGGGCCGCACUCACACGUCUUCCACUCCCCCCCCCGCCCCGCUGCCCCCCCGCUUCCCCAAUCCCCAUCCGGGGGUGCUGCCCGGGGCGGGGGGGUCCCCGUGCGCCGUGCCCCCCCGCCCCCUCCCCGCACCCGGCUCUUUCCGAUGGUGCUAUGGCAGUGUACAGCCCCCGC